UUUGACGUUAGCAUCUUCUUCGGUGCAACGGUACGUCGAGCUCUGCAAAAGGUAUGCAUUGUAGCUGCCUAUCUACGUUUCAAACAUGUUCUUCAAAAUGUCAUUCGAGUGAUUAUGGAAAUUCUCCCUUGCUGCUACUGUGUAGCUUUUCUAAAGAUAAAGACCGAAUGCAUGUGUUGUGUGUAUCUUGGUGCUACGAUGCUGCUGGUUUUUAAGGACAAUCAGCGUAUUGAAGCACAGUAUCUAUAUUAAGGAAUGCUUGAUAAGACGUUUGAAGAUCGUGAACGAGCAAUGUGGUCUGAGCUGUGUUGACCGUUAAGGUAAGGUGACGAGAUGAACGUGUCCCUGUACGCAAUUGCUGGUGCGGUUGUGACAUUAUUUGGUGCACUUCUCGGCCUAGGAACCGUUUUACAAAUUCUCGUCUGUCUAAUAAUAAUACUCUUAGGACUAUUAACUUGUAUAUAUAGGCAAUAUUCUCCGAGUCUUGAAGAUGAAAUCAAGUCCGGAAAAGAAAACUUACAUAAGAAGACUGAAAAAUUGCGGCAGUAUCUUGAUGAGGUGUCCAAAACAAAAAUGACGUUCACUUUAGAUAGAAGAGUCACUGGUAGUCAUAUUAUCGACGAAUCCUUACAAGAAAUUUUAGAUUUUGUUUUAAGAGACUAUGUGGAGCCAUGGUACAGUAUUCUUACGGAUGACGAAGAAUUUCCGAAAUCCGUCCGAGACACAGCUCAGAAAAUCGCCAUUAACGUUGCAAACAGAGUAAAAGACGUGGAUUGGAUACCAUACUUAACAACCCGCCUCGUAGACGAUGCAGCUUCGCACAUGCGAUUGUACCGUCAAGCAAGGGCAAAGAUGAAACAGCUUCGGUCUAAUAGAAUGCAAAAAGGAAGCAGCAGCUCGAGUACAUCAGGCGGUACUCCCAAGAAGACUCCAACUCAUCGUAGAAACAAAAGCGAAACUGACAUUUCCUGGUAUUCGCAGUCAAAGUUCUACGUUCCUAAUUUGUCAUCUUUAACCGAACCGAUCGAGUCCAACGGUGAGAAAGGGGACGAGUCGUUAGAGAAGAUAUUCUUUGAUCUUGAGGUACAGAUGGAGAACAACCUAAUCUGCCGAGACCUGGUAUGCACGAGUCCUGCACAGGAACUGACAUUUUUGGGCGAAUUGUCAGAGAUCCUUCUCUAUCUCUUGUUGCCAAAGGUGGAUUUCGAUUGUUUGAUCGUUAGAUUUAUUUUAAGAGAGCUCCUUGUGAAUGUUAUAAUUAGACCACUGUUGGACUUGUUUUCUGAUCCUGAUUACAUCAAUCAGGCGUGUAUAUGGCUGUGUACGAAAGAUGGGAGUUUACCAAGCGACGUAUUCCUCACGGUAAUUCGCAUGACCGACAGUCUGGAAGAAUUAAUGGCAACAAAGAACAUUGUUUCCAAAGAGAUAGCCCAUUUACGUUCGAAGGAUUCCGGCGGGGAGGAUGACCUACCGGUAAAACAGCAACUGAACAGCCUUCUAUACGUGAAGAAGAUCUUAGAAACGAGGAUUGUCAGCAUGCAAGAGGGACUGGAGUCAGAAGCCGACGGGAUCGGCUCUAAUCCAGACUGGAACAGGUUGCUGAUUCCUGGACAGAAAUUAGUCAACAUACCACUAGAUGAGUUGCUGAAGAACAACAUCGCACUGAGUUACUUCAUCGACUACAUGACUUGCAUAAACGCGGAAGCCUACCUGUUCUUUUAUCUAAACAUCUACGGAUGGCGAGUAUCCGCGGAACAGCAGAUCUCCGACAUCGAGUUGCAGAAGCUGCGAGCCAACCACGUACCUUCAACUGGCGGUCUCUCUAAACAGAGAAACGCAGAUUUAGAGAACCUGAAAGAAGCCGCCGUAAAAAUCUAUCAGCAAUAUCUUAGUGAUAAGGCGUCGCCCAAGGUGCAGCUGGAGGAUACGCUAGUCAGAAACCUUGUAACUAGAAUAAAGACCGAGCCCAUCAAAGAGACUUGGUUCGACGAGUUGCAAGCCUGCUGCUACGAUAAAUUGCAGAGUGAAGACAGGUUUCUCCCUGCCUUUAAGAGAUCCGUCUCCUACGUGAAACUGUUGGCUGAGCUGGAUCUGUUGAAGGACCCGGCGUCGGAAGACGACGCCAAAUCUCUGGACAGCAUCAGCGUAUCCAGCAUAGGCAACGAGCUGGACACCUUGGAGGAAUUGUCAGAGAGCUACAAGGAAGACGAGGCAAAAUCUCGAAUUUCGAGGGAAGAAGCCAGGCCCAAUUCAAACUCAACGUCCAAUUUAGCCAGCUUAGUGGAGAAAGAUCCAGUUGGUAUCUUUGACGAAGUCGAUACGUUUUCGACUACCCAGUUGAAGGAACCGAGGAGGUUGCAGAAGACCGCCAGCGCUGACGUCGAGAGAAUAGGCGACCCUAAAGACGUGACAUUUUACGUGGAUUCGACCUCCAGCGAUCGAAUCGCCGAGUUGUCGAACGAGCAGAACGCUAUCAAAAAACUUCAGCAGGGGCGCUUCGAGAUCUUCGCGCAGAUCAUUGAAACGGGGAUCGUGAAUGAUCGGGGGAAAACCUACGGCAUUUACGCACUCGCCGUAACCAAGAGCUACGACUCGGGCUACCAGGAGAAGUGGCACAUUUACAGGCGUUAUUCGGACUUUUACGACCUACAGCAGAAGAUCAAGGAAAAAUACUACACCCUCGCGAAGAUCCCCUUUCCUGGGAAGAAAGCCUUUCACAAUAUGGAGCGGGCCGUUCUGGAAUGCAGGAUGACAAUGUUGAACAGCUGGCUACGGCAGUUGACCAGGCCGGUGAUCGUAGAAUCCCACAUGGGCUUGCAAGGUCUAUUGCUGGCCUUUCUAGAACAAGGGGAUUACGACAAAGGGGUAACCGGCGGUCACAUAUCCAGAACGAUCGAUACCCUGGUCAAUCCCUUGAAGACGUCCGUCAAGACCGUUACCCAAGCGGUUAAGACCAUGCCGGAUAACAUGUUAAGCACCGUAGAUGGAGUCAUGGAUAACAUAAGCAGGUUUUUCGGGAACCCAAAGAAGAAUAGCAUGCUCUACGAGAGUGUGAAAGUCGGGGCUAGCAUCGAUGCUGAGUCCGACGAUAACAUUCCCCUGAGGAUAAUUCUGCUCCUUAUGGACGAGGUGUUCGACUUGAAAGUAAGAAAUCAGUGGCUGCGGCGGAGAAUAGUUACUUUAUUGAGGCAGAUCAUCCGCACCAUGUUUGGCGAUAUCGUUAACAGAAGAAUAGUGGAGUACGUCUCGUUGUUAACAGGCCCGAAGAACGUAGCAACGUACUUACGUUUAUUCAAGCACAGUUUCUGGCCAAACGGCAUUAAAGCCGAAGCAAAACCACCUCGGGAUUCAGAGACGAAGAAUAGAACACGAGUCGCAGCCAAGGUAGCUCUACUUUCUUGUCUCUCGGACGAGCUCAAGCAUAUCAUCGGUAGUGAUACCACGAGGCGAGGCCUUUUGAGGGUUUUUGAGCUCUUCCAACGUCCCGUACUGAACAGAAGACUGCUAUACGUACUAUUAGAGGGGAUCAUAGAAAAUUUGUUUCCCCAGACGGACCUGGUAACCAUCAUUAGGAAACUGUACUCGGUCUCGCCAAGGGUGAAGGGAAAAGGUCCAAACAAGUCCUAAUACGUAAAUUGAGGUAAUCGGUAUCCCAGGACAGUGAGACAGUUUCCGCGUGUUUCUUUAAGGUGAAGUGAAACACGUCGAGAAAUUUAAUCGACGUCUGUAAAAAAAUAUUCUUUUUAAUACCUACG